UGUCGCCGUCGCUGCAGCCGCCGCCGCCGCUGUCAGUUCCGGCUGCAGGUCGAGGAGCCGAUCCGGCCUCGGCGCCGCCUGAGGAGACUCGGCCUUCGCGCCCAAGACGGGAGCGGCCGCUCCCCCGGAGCCCCACCCCCACCCCCGCAAGCGGCCAUGGCCCGGGACUACGACCACCUCUUCAAACUCCUCAUCAUCGGCGACAGCGGUGUUGGCAAGAGCAGUUUGCUCCUACGUUUUGCAGACAACACUUUCUCAGGCAGUUACAUUACCACAAUUGGGGUCGACUUCAAAAUUCGGACAGUUGAAAUCAACGGGGAAAAAGUCAAGCUACAGAUCUGGGACACUGCAGGACAGGAGCGCUUCCGGACGAUCACAUCGACGUAUUACCGAGGGACCCACGGGGUCAUUGUGGUUUAUGACGUCACCAGCGCAGAGUCUUUCGUGAACGUCAAGCGGUGGUUGCAUGAAAUAAACCAGAAUUGCGACGAUGUGUGCCGGAUAUUAGUUGGCAAUAAGAACGAUGAUCCCGAACGGAAAGUGGUAGAGACGGAAGACGCCUAUAAAUUUGCUGGGCAGAUGGGCAUCCAGCUGUUUGAGACCAGUGCCAAAGAGAACAUUAAUGUGGAAGAGAUGUUCAACUGCAUCACGGAGUUGGUUCUUCGGGCCAAGAAAGACAACCUCGCCAAGCAGCAGCAGCAGCAACAGAACGACGUGGUGAAACUCACAAAGAACAGUAAACGGAAGAAGCGUUGCUGUUAAUGGCCCUCCUCCUCCUCCUCCUCCUCCAGGGGCGGCAGAGACUGGGCGCUCGGGCAGCCCCGCCCUCGCAGCCUGGCGCAAGCGAUGCCCCAGGACUCUUCCCCCCACCACCACCACCUCCCUCCCCGCGUGCCGUUAUUUAAAGGAGCUCCCUCCGUCUUCUCGAUCAGGAGGCACCUUACCUUGACCGUGCCAAGAACAGGAUGGGCUCGGACGAAGGUUCUGCCCAUCCUAAAAGUUUAUUUUUCUUCCCACCCACCUCCCCUCUUGAAGAGCAUCUUAGUAGACGAGGAAGACUUGGCCUACCGAGGGGACUUUAACAUUUGUACAUAAUGUAUAUGGGCUUUGAACCCAGCCGCACCUCCGCUUCGGGCUUCUGCCUUCUCUGACUCCGCCAAUCAUGAAUUGUUCAGAACUCUUUUUUUUGUUCAUUUGUUUGUUUUUGUUUACGUGCUCUCUUUCCCCCACCCCCCCCCUCCAGAAACACAGUCGAAUAAUAACCUUAAAACAGGCGGCUCUCGUUGACAGCCGUCAUUCUUCAUUAGUCUUUAAGCGAGAAGCGGAUCCUUGGUUGAUCAUCGUUUGAAAUUCUUUUUUUUUUUUUUUCCCCUAAACUCUGGAGUCGUUGGACGUUCCCGGAGUUGUUUUGUGUUCUCUGUCCUUCAAAUUCCCUCCUUUCGAGAGAAGGAUAAAAGAUCCCGCUUUUGUCACCCCGAAGGCAAUUCAAACCUCCGUGGCAGAGAAAAAUUAGGAUUCAAAACUUGUAUUGCCCUCCUGGUAGCAUUCCUGUCCUUGUAAGACUUCAAGAACGAAAAUAAUCUCUUUUUUAAAAAAAAAAAAAAUAAGCGUGUAUCAUUCUGUACCAGGUAUGAAGGGCGAACCCAGAAAUGUGCUUCUGACGGGAUCAAUUCUUCGUGGUUCUCUUCUUCCUUUCGCCCUCCCUCUUAAUUUUGUUUUUCCUUCAGAAGCUGGGAGAAUUUGGGAAGGGAUGGCUGGAUGGUUUUCGUCCGUUCUCGAUGCGAACAAAACCUGCCUCUUGGUUCCGAUGCUAGCUGCUGAAGAGCGAAUAGUUCUUUUAAUAAUUAGGUUAAAAACAAGGUAAUACGAGCUUCACCCAGCAUAUAAUCACCAGCUUUUGAUUUGAUGCCCCACAGAGCAUAUCAAGGGGCGCAAAAAGCCACCCAAUCCUCGAAUCGCUCGGACGUCCCACACCCUCUGUUGUCCUGGCAUCCGACGAUGACCAGGGUCAUGUUAAGAGCUGACCAUUCAGUGUCGAUCCUUGGACUUCGAAUCUUGCCGGUAGAGCUCAAUAACCCCGUAUUUAUUAUCCAGGCUGCUGUUUAGGACAGGAAGCAGCUACAGCCACCCCGACUCAAAGCAAAAGAAGUGACGAGUUUCCCCUUAAGCCGAAGGGAGUCCUCUUCCACUUCAGCAAGCCGCCUUUCACCGUGGACUUGUAAGAUGCUUCCGAUCUUCUCGGGAGACAGCUCGGGCCCUGAGCAAUUCAUGAUUUAGAAGGAACGCCAGCAACGAUGGAAGCCCAUAAAAGAGGAACGAGAACGGGGGGGUUUGGACGUCGGCAGCAAGAAGCUCCGGGGAAUUCUCACCGGUGGGCAUUUUCUCAAAAAUGCAGUGGUCUCUAGCGAACGGGUGGGGCGCGGGAGGCUAUUUGCUAAGCCUGGAACCCCGAGUUCUCCCUUGGAAGAGCGGGGGGCUUCUCAAAGCAACAUCUCCAGGCCCGUCCGCCGGGUGGGUGGGCUGAUACGUAACCUCCAGACGUCGUGAGUGCAGUGGACGGUGCACAGGGUUGGGGGGUGGGGAAGGGGAAGGGGUUGCACCUUAGCAGUGCUAACGUCGAAAGUGAAAUGUCUUUAACUGGUUUGCUUUAGAUGAUUUCUGUAUAUGGGAACUUUCUAAUUAACGCUUUUUAAAUAAUUAAGUAAAAAAAAAAACCAACUAAAAAUAAAAAGUGCCAAGCUGCCACAGUUUCCUUCCG